UAGAGGGUUUGUUCAGUACCUUCUGGUCUGACCUCACAAUGUUACAGAUGUGGUGUUUGGGUCUGUUCGGCUUCCUCGCUGCAACAUCAUACGCGGCCGAGGUCUGUUUUGAUGGGUUGGGCUGCUUUAAUGACCUGGCUCCCUGGGGGGGCACUCUCCAGAGACCAACCUCUGUCCUACCCUGGAACCCCGAGGAGAUUGGCACCCGCUUCCUCCUCUUCACCCAGAGUAACCGCUAUUACCAGGAGAUCAAGCCUGAUCAAACCAUCCAGGCCUCAAACUACAAUGGGCUGAGGAAGACUCGCUUCAUCAUUCCUGGUUAUCUGGAAAGUAGAGAUGAGGACUGGCCACAGGAGAUGUGUAAGGUGAUGCUGACGCGGGAGAAUGUCAACUGUAUUGCUGUGGAGUGGAAGAAAGGUGUGAAGUCUCAGUAUGCUCAAGCUGCCAAUAACGUCAGGGUGGUGGCUGCCCAGGUGGCAUCCAUGAUCACAUUCCUCAUGGCCAACUACAAGCAGAAUGCCAGUAAGUUCCAUAUUAUCGGACACAGCCUCGGAGCUCACGCUGCAGGAGACGCUGGGAGCAGGAUCACUGGCCUCACACGUAUCACAGGACUGGACCCAGCUGAGCCUUACUUCCAGGACACUGAUGCCUCUGUGCGUCUGGACCCCAGCGAUGCUGCCUUUGUUGAUGUCAUUCACACAGAUGGACUUCCUUUUGACUCCAAACUUGGUCUGGGCAUGUCACAAUCUGUGGGCCACAUUGACUUUUAUCCCAAUGGAGGAGGACGGAUGCCCGGCUGCUCUGCCAACAAAGGCAAGCCCUCUGACCUGGAUGCUAUCUGGGAAGGUACUGUGAAGUUUGAUGCCUGCAACCAUGUCCGAGCCUACCAGUACUACAGUGAGAGCAUCGUUAAACCCCAAGGCUUUGUGGGAUUUCCCUGCUCUGAUGAGAACAGUUUUGCUGUUGGAAAGUGUUUCCCAUGUACAAACAGCCAAUGUCCUCUGAUGGGCCACUCUGCCGACAGGUUCACUGUGACUGAUGGCAGUUCAAAGACAAAGUACUUCCUGAACACAGGCAGUUCAAAGCCUUUUGCCCGUUACAGCUACAGAGUGACAGUGACCCUGGAUGGUCCGCGCUGGCCUAACCCAGGAUUAAUGUAUGUGGCACUAGCUGGACACAGUGACAGCACCAAGGAGUACCAGCUCUAUGUGGGUAUUCUGGUGCCUGGAAAGACCUAUGAGAUGCUGGUUGAUGCUGAGGUGGACGUGGGUGAUGUGAUGGAGGUGAAGUUCCGGUGGAACAAUCACAUCUUGAACCCAUUGAAACCCAAGUACGGAGCAGCUAAAGUGGAGCUGCAGAGAGGAAGGGACAAGAAGAUGUUCUUCUUCUGUGGAACGAACAAUGUGGCAGAGAAUGCAGUCCAGUCUGUGCUUCCAUGCCAAUAAUAACCUAAUCAUAAUCACCAUGUCACUCAGGGUCUUUCAAUAAAGAUUUUGCAUUCACACACA